AAGAAGCAGAAGAGUAGGAGGAGGAGGAGGACGCAGGAAGCGAAGCUGCAGAUCAGCUGUUCCUGUUGUUAGCCCGUCGAUCUUCACAAAUUCUACUCCCCUGUGCUCUGUUUUGUUUGUGCUUCUUUGGCAUUUCAGAUGAUUACGUCAAGGUGUUGAAUGUAACCGUGUUGUUUUUGUUGACGUUUUUGAAAUCGGUUAGACUAGUAUCCCUGUUGCGAGGUUAACGCUUUCAACGCAGCUCGUAAGUAACAUCAGAACAGGCUGAUUUUAAGCCGAUUCUGAUGAUGAAUUUAGUCAGAAACAAAUCCCUGCACCCACACCUGCGCGACGAUGAAGCGCACGUGGUGGAAAACGCCAUCCGGCUGGCGAUAGACUCGAUAAUGAACGUGAUCUACGGUGUCAACAGUGCCACGACGCACGAACACAAGCGGAUGGUGGCCGACAGGGACAAAGAGAUCCAGCGGCUGGAGCGCAAGGUGAGGGAGGCGGAGCACGAGCUGAAGGUGCAGCGCCGCCAGGGAUGCUCGUGCAUGUUGUUCGAAAACGAGCACGGCCUCGCGAGGGGGGCACAGAGCUCCGGUGACCCGCGGGAGAGAGAGCAGAGCGGGUUUGAGCCCAGCUGCAUGGACCCAGAGAUGACAGCAGGGCAGCAGGAGUGUGCAAUGAGUAUCUCCUUGGGCCUCUUUGCUCGCCCCGCCUCACACGUCUCCUCCCAAAGCCACGAGUCGGCUCUUCUGUCCUCCCCCAGCGGAACGGGUCCGGACCAGACCUGCACCUCCCACUCCUCGGAGUCCCCAGGGGUGUCGGAUGCGGGCAGGAAUCUGCCUACAUCUCCCAGCAGCAGCGGCUUGGUCAUCAAAGAGGAGCCGUGUGACAUCGACACGGUCUUAAUCAAGUGGGAAAUGAACGAAGAGAGAAUCAUGGACGGGGGAGAAACCACGAGCAGUCUGUGUCAGGAAAAGGAAAGCCCCAGUGCAAAAAAACAACUGGAGAACAGAGGGCUGAGGGAGAAAGCUCACACAGACUCAGGAGGACACAGCCUCGCUGAGGGAGAACACCUCAGGAACAAGAAGAAGAACGUGCCGAUGUCGGAGCUGCCGGAGGAGGUUCAGAAAGUGAAGCGUGCAGCCUGGAGAGCAGCGUCCAGGAGGUACUACGCCCGAAAAGUGGCCCGCCAACAGGCGAACCCCUUACGCCCCGCCCCCCUCCGGCCCCCUCACAUCAUGGACUCCCAUUACUCGCAGCCCAUCUCGUUCGCGGGGAGGAGGAGGAAGGCGCUGAUAUCAGAGUCACCUGGCGACACUCAGACGCAGCAGAGGGAGGCGUGGCGAGCUGCAUCCAGGAGGUACUACGCUCGAAAAAUCACUCGCCACCAGACUGAUCCCUCACAGUUUCGGCUGCAGAACAUGGAGCCGACUGGAGAAACACUGGCGCCGAGCAGAGGAGAAUCUCACACCAACACUGGAGGAAUCAUGUGCAGCAGAAGAGGUUUUACAUUCCGCUGAACAUUGGACUGUAUAGAUAGAUAGAUAGAUAGAUACUUUAUUGAUCCCGAGGGAUGGAUGUUUACUCUUUUUAUAUUUGUACUGGUGGUGGUGGGAUCACUCUCCUGUUCCCUGAUUUGAUCUGAACAGUUUAAACUUUUUUGUUUAAACAGUCGCAUAAUGAACCAAACCUCCCAGAGAACUAAACUGCUUUAACCAUAACAACUUAUUUCUUAAUGUUUCCUAUUUCUUAAUUUUAAGCGUAUUUGAUUUACUGAUUUGCAUGCCAGUACAAAAUGCAAACUGCUAAUAAAGAUUAAAUGAAUGUAUUCUUUGAGACAAUAUUAUCAUGUAUAACUCAUCAGCACCCCCUGGAGUCCAACAUGUGCAACUACAAUCUUUUCAUCAGGGUCAAGUUAAGAGCUCAGCAUCGUUGGGUUUGAGAUAAAUAAAGAAAUACUCACUGUUUUUAUACUGACUGGAAUCAAAAUGUAUGAAUGUGUCUUCCUUUGAACAACUAAUAAAUACAAGAUGAUUUAAAUAUA